AAUCCGUGUGAACAAACUUGGAGGACAGUUCUCGCGAAGGCCCAGUGACUGCGCAUUAUUCCGGAGCAGGCCUUGUUCAACGAUUAUUUUACCAGGACAGUUCUUAGGGAAUAAAAAGCCAACCGUCUCUGUGCCUCGUGCACAGCGUGGUGUUUGUGGCUCUCGCACUGUGCAAUGAGUAUCUCUCUGGAGUAUUCGCAUUCCACAAAGCAAGACACCAUGGACAACUUGGAGAAACAACUUAUCUGCCCUAUCUGUUUGGAAAUGUUUACCAAACCCGUGGUCAUUCUACCUUGCCAACACAACCUCUGUCGAAAAUGUGCCAAUGAUAUUUUCCAGGCCUCCAACCCUUAUCUAUCAACCAGAAGUGGCUCAACAGUGACUUCAGGAGGCCGUUUCCGCUGUCCAUCCUGCAGACACGAGGUAGUGUUGGACCGUCAUGGGGUUUAUGGUCUACAGAGGAACCUCCUGGUGGAGAAUAUCAUUGAUAUGUACAAACAGGAGUCCACAAGGCCUGAACCUCCAGCAGAGACUAAAUGUGACCAGCCUAUGUGUGAGGAGCAUGAAGAAGAGAAGAUCAACAUAUAUUGUGUAACAUGUGGAGUCCCCACCUGCUCUCUCUGCAAGGUUUUUGGAGCACACAAGGACUGUGAGGUUGCCCCGCUGGCCAAUGUAUUCCAAAACCAAAAGGCAGAGUUGACAGACUGUAUAGCUUUGUUGGUGGGCAACAAUGAAAGAAUCCAAGCCAUCAUCAGCCAGCUAGAGGAGACCAGUGGGACAGUUGAUGAGAAUGGCAGAAGACAGAAGUCAAAGGUGUGCGAGAAGUUUGACCACCUUUACACUAUCCUGGAGGAGCGGAAAGGGGAGAUGACCCUGAAGAUCAACGCAGAGCAGCAGGAAAAACUGGACUACAUUUGUGGUCUUAAGCGAAAGUACACUGAGCACCUUGAGAGCAUGGCCAAGAUUGUGGAGACAGGGAUUCAGACGAUGGAGGAGUCGGAGAUGGCCGUCUUCCUCCAGACUGCUAAGCCUCUUCUUCAAAAGAUUACUGAGGGCACAAACACCUCUCACUUGGACAAAGUAGAGCGCGGCUAUGAGAACAUGGAUCACUUCACGGCUAACUUUAACAGGGAGAGGAGAGCAUUGCUCAGUGUAGACUUCAUAAAAGAUGAUGAAGAUGAAGAUGGUGAGGGUGCAGAGAGAGGAGAGGAUGCAGGAGAGGGGAGAGUGUUAACUGGUGUGACACGCACUGAGACCUCCCAUGCUGCAGGGGGAACUGGCAUUCGCCCGCCCAGGCAGCAGCUGCAGCCGGCUGUACCAACCAAACAGAGCCCAGUCCAGCAAAUGCCAGCCCAACCCCAGAGAGUCACCGAACUUCCUGGCAACACACCUGCCCAGGUCCCCCAACAACCCCCUUUAUUGCCCCAGACCCAGACCCUGCCAUCAGACUCCCAAAGUCAGAUACACUCUGAUAUGGCAAGUCCACACAAUGAAAGCCAGCCAAACACAGACGACAAAGAUGGACCACGUCAUGUUUUCUCCUUUUCUUGGCUCAACACUCAAAAGUAGUUAAUCAUAGCUGAGGACUUAAAUAUUGGAUUAACCAACAUACCAGUAGACUACAGAAACAGAGAUCUAUCCUUUAUCCUGCCUUUGAAAACAAAGCUCAUAUAAUUGAUAUCUGGCUGGAUAAAUAUGUGUAUGUGUAAUAUAUAAACAAUAUACAGUAUGCAGAGUAUUGCUCCAGAUGUGCGUAAUGGUAGAUUUGCGCAUGGGUUUAUUUGGUGAAAAGUCAGAUACACUCAUUGAUUAGGAUACACAGCAAACCAUAUUAUGUAACUUUGAAUUGUUUUAUUACAAAUAUAAAUAUUAGACAUUCUCUUGCACAAC